AUGGCUGGAUUAGAUGACUAUCAAUACUAUGCUAAGUUUCAGUCGGCGGAAUCUCCGUUUUGGGAGAGUCCCAAUCGCCAGCGUCCGAGUGAAAGGCGUCCUGUCGACACCCUCGAUUCCGAAGAUUCCAUUCGCAUGACGAGAUAUGACGAAAACGAGAGAUUUGCUUUCUUUGACGAACCCGGAUUAGAAGAUGACGAGCCUCAAGAAUCAUCCUCUCAUGGAUUGUCUUUUCCUGGUUCUGUUCCGGAUAUCAAAUCGGGGAAAGACGCCUGGGAAUCUUUGUUCGGGCCUCGGAAAAAGAAAAAUACCGCAGCUGAACGUGAAUCUGAAGCAUGUGUUACGAAAGCGACAAAAAAUUAUUCUCUAUGUUUGAAUGCUGCUACAUCAACAGCGGAAUAUUUGAUUGCUCAUCCGUUUCUCGUGAUCAGGCGACAAUGUCAAGUAAACUCGGAAUCUGUGAGGUUUCACUUGUCGCCCUUGUCAACAAUCGGAGUCGUCUACCGACUGGCCAAAGCUCAAGGGAUAUUUGCCCUGAGCAAAGGCUUCACGUCAGUUCUUCUCGUCAAGGGAAUUUCCGUGUGGACGGAGGACUGUUUGAAUCGUGUUACGCCAUGGUCUUCGACGUUUCCGAAAAGCUUCUCCUUGGUGGACACGGUUGGGCAUUUGAGUCUGAAGUGUGGCGGACUCGUGGCGGCGGCGCCGUUUCAAGCGGCUUCGUUGGUGGAAACUGUUCAGAGUGACAUUGCUUCCGAAUUACCCGGAUUCCUGGAUGUCCUUAUAGAAGGGGCAUAUCGGUUGACUUGUUGGAAUUUUCCCCAGUCAGGUCGACUCUUGCCGAUAUGGGCAGUUGUGCCUGCGUCAGUCGUCGAAGGCGUUGCCCGAUAUUCGCUGACCGAGUUGCUAUUCCGCAUGCUGUCUUUCGGCGAUGAAUUACUGCAUCCCAAGAAAUACUUUCAAGAAAAACGGUGGGAUUCGCAGGGUGUGGAGGUGGAGCCGUCGGUUGCAGAACGGAUAUCGUGGGCCACGAAAGAUCUGCACAACACAUCCGUUUUUAGGCUGUGGGCCGCUUUUCUUGCCCAUGUUUUGACCUAUCCGCUGGAAACGGUCUUGAAUAGGUUGCUGCUUCAAGGAACCCGAACAAUCAUCGACGAUUUGGACUCGAAUGGCACGUCAGUAAUCGCAGUGCUGUCGGGUUACAGCGGGUUCCGGGAUUGCGUCCGAACAAUGAUGGUGGAAGAGGGGUUUCGUGGGUUCUACAAGGGCGUGGGCACGCUUUUUUGGACGUAUUUGGCCCAGUUUGCUCUCCUUCGGGUAGCGGAUUUGGUUUUAGUGCAAUACUUUUCUUACUCUUCCCCGGCUGACGACAUUCUGUCGAGAACCCAGUCGUCGCCUGUUAGUCCCGCGUUGCCUUCCGACGAAUGGAACCGAAUGCCUCCGAGAGCGGAUUCUCGUUGA